AUGCAUUCUCCUAGGAAAUGCUGUGUUUGUCGUGAAAAUCUUCGUGAUCAUGCAGUGAAAAUUACAUCUCAGGAUAGAGAUUUUAUAUUUUUUUCACGUAAUAUUUGGAUACCAGAAGGGGCACGAUGUUGCUCAAGCCAUUUAAUUAAUCAUCUAUUAUCGAAAGAAGCUGUUGAUCAGAUUAAACCUUUCUCAAUGCGAUAUCAAGAAUUAAGCUCUUCGGAUGUUCAACUUCUUUUAAGCAAAGCUCAGAACUUAUUUGAAAAUGGCAAGAAAAGAUUUAAUUUCGAUGACCCAAGAGAUCUUAAUGAUGAUGAAUAUCGUUUAUUAACUAGCCUCUCAAGAGACCACUUUACUGAUUUUGUUCAAAUCACUUCUUCAUCUACUAUUCGCCCCUCGUGCAAUCGAUCGAUGAGAACUGCGGUCGGCAUUUAUUUAUGUAAACUUCGUCUUGGUAUUUCAAAUAGACUAUUAGCUUGCAUCUUUCAAAUAACCGACAAACAGACAGUGUCUCGAAGUAUAAAUAGUGCGCGUCAAGCUAUUGUAAAGAGUUUUGCACCAGAUAAUUUAGAUUUUGGACAUGUUACUCGUCAAGAUGUUAUUGCUCGCCAUACCACAACAAUUGCUCGAGAACUAAUGUGUGCUGGUGACAGUACUGAUACAGCAAUAAUUAGUAUUGAUGGAACGUAUCUUUAUAGUCAGAAAUCUCGAAAUAAUGAAUUUCAAAGAAAGGCUUUUAACUUAUAUAAGAAAAGAUCCUUAUUAAAGCCAAUGAUGAUUGUAACAAUUACAGGUUAUAUCGUGACUUGUAUCGGACCUUUUAUGUCUGAUUUUAACAAGGAUGACGCUGCGAUAAUAAAAGAUAUUUUACUUCGCAGUACCGAUAACAUUUUAAGUUGGCUGAAAGAACAUGACAUACUGGUGGUUGGUAGGGAGUUUAGAGACUCUAUCAGUGUCAUGAAAGCUCUUGGGUUGGAGGCUACUAUGCCAUCAUUCUUCGAUGGCAGACGUCAAUUUUCAGCCGAAGACGCUAAUGAAUCAGGAUGCAUCACAAAAAUACGCUGGGUCGUGGAAGCCGCUAAACGUCGUCUCAAACAAUUUAAGUACUUUGCGAAUCCCAUUCAAAACGCGUCCCUAGUGUACUUAGAAUCUGAUAUGUCAAUUACUUGCGCUCUCAUCAAUCAUUAUCAACCACCUAAGACAAGAUCUAAACUGGAAGAUGAAGAGAUAGGUGUACAAAUAAUACAAUUACGCCAACAAAAAAAAAUAUAA